UCAAAACACUGCCGACAAGUCAAAUCUGCCUUUGUAUAUAUAUCUCCCCCAUUGUUUAUAUUCAAGUCAAUCUGUUUGAAUUUUGAGACUUUGUUCCUAUGUAGAAUUAAUUCCUUUUGAUAUUUUUUUGAACAUUUUUAAUUUGCUUUGCUUGUACUAUAAUAUGUUAUUUAAUAGGAGUGCAUAACUUCUUUACUCUGCAAAAUAUUGAAAACUCAGGUAUGAUGGCCACUAAAAUUAAUUUGGCGAAAUUAAAGAGCACGAUGCACAUUUGACAAUUCAUCUGUUAUGUGAAUUAGCUGUACACAUGGCACCAUUAAAAGAUAGUGAUCCAUUUUUUAUUGAAGAUACUGGCAGAGACCUUACCUUGUUUAUCAAGAAAAGUUUUUCAAGGAAAUUAUAUGGAACCAUAUCCUUUCAUUUGAUUUUUGUAUCUGCCAUCACAGCAAUUUUAAUGUUUACUCCACUUGCUAGAUUUUAUGUGAAUGAAAAUGAAUGGCUAUUGCAUUUGAAUUUUGCCAUGCUUUUCUUAACUUAUAUUGCUAUGUUCUUUAAAAGAGAUGAAUACAACAUGAAUAUUAUUUUACUAAUUUUAUCUAUGCUGCUUCAAAUAUCAACUGCUGCAAUUUUUGUUACAUAUUAUGAUUUGUUGGGAGUCUUACAAGGACUAUUUUUAACUGCUUCUGCUAUUUCCUUGUUAUUUCUUUAUUUACUCCUCUGCAGAAGAUCUUGUGAUUUAUGCAUGGCCUUGCCAUUUUCUUUUGUGAUAAUUUUAGUUGCAGCUGCAUUAUUUCAGAUGAUUUUUGGGUGCACUUCUGAAGAAUUAAUCAUAUCAGUGGUAUUUUCAACAUGUCUGUCAAUAUAUUAUUUAUAUUCCAUAUAUUUAGUCAUACAUAGUAUAUCUGGUAACAAAUAUUUUGUUGGUGUUAUAUACAUCAAUGUGUGGCCUGUAAUAGCUUUAAUAUCAAAAGAAAAUCUUCUGACUUUAAAAUGAACAUAUUUUUAACUGCAUGUAUCAAUUUUUGUUAUAUAAUAACAUAAAUAUUGCUGUUUAUCCAGCAGUAUUUAUAUCUUUUUCUAAAAUUUAUUGUAUAAUCAAAGAUAAUUCAAAACUGAAGUUUCCCGUUUUAACUGCUGUU